GCAAUUUCAUUCAAACUGUUUCCGAGCAGAAGCGAAUAAGAUCCAAACACCCCCUCAAAUACUUUUGGAUCCGUCUCUCUUCAGCAGCACAAGUUCAGUCCCAAAGGAGACAGCGAGACAACCGAGAGAGAAGACAAAUGGCAUCUGCGUUGAGGGCUGCAGUACUCCGACAGGUCCGAAUCCCGGUAACCGAAGCCUUAUCAUCGAACAGCUCGCGGCUGGUAUCCAGCCGAUGGAUGUCUUCGGAUGACGACCACUUAAGCAGGAAGCAAGUUUCCGACAGAGUUCUAGACGUCGUCAAGAAUUAUCCCAAAGUCGAACCUUCCAAGGUAUCUCCUGAUGCCCAUUUCCAGAAUGAUCUAGGCUUAGACAGCUUAGACACUGUUGAGAUUGUAAUGGCUCUCGAGGAAGAGUUCAAACUGGAAAUUCCAGAUAAGGAAGCAGUUAGGAUCGACUCAUGCUCACUUGCAAUUGAGUACAUUUAUAACCAUCCAAUGUCAAGCUAAGGGUUUUAAACUGGAAGGUGUUUUAGUUUUGGAAUGGGGUUCAAUCCCUCUUAUUAACUUGAAAUGUGGAAACUGGAUCCAUAACCAAAUCAUCCAAUAAUCAUCAUUCUGGACAGUUGUUCAUUCUGUAAGCUGUUAUUUCUGCAUUGGUAGUUUGCCUUAUAUUGUAGACGUGGUUUUAAUUUUCAUGCUGUUGCAAUCAUUCGUUUUUCCAUAUUUGCUUUGGGUAAUGUUCUCACAACAUGGCCCAUAAUGUUGUUUGGGCGUGACUUGUGUUGUACUACUUCCCUAAUGUCUGAUAUUAGCAUUUGUGAUCAAAGUAUGACUUUGACGAAUUCAAUUCCAGCAACAACAUGGCCCAUAAUGUUGUUUGGGUAAUGUUCUCACAACAUGGCCCAUAAUGUUGUUUGGGUGUGACUUGUGUUGUACCACUUCCCUAAUGUCUGAUAUUAGCAUUUGUGAUCAAAGUAUGACUUUGAAGAAUUCAAUUCCAGCAACAACAUGACCCAUAAUGUUGUUUGGGUAAUGCUCUCACAACAUGGCCCAUAAUGUUGUUUGGACGUGAGUGUGACUUGUUUUUCUCUAAUGUAUGAUUU